AUGCAUGUACAUAUAGUACGUCUCGUCUGGGAUGUGCUGAGAUGGGUUCUCAGAGGUCCUGACGGCUCUGUUGCUGCAGAGGCCUCCACCUCAGUGCAGGAAGAGGCGAAUCCUCUGCUGCUGGCUGCAUAUGACUUGCUGACCAGCACCUCCGGUUCUACCAGUGGAGGGUCAGAGUCUCUCCCCAAGUCGCUUUUGGAAUUCAUGAGUUCCCUUGAGCAGAGGAAGACACGGCCUGCUCAGCCUGUCGGAGGGGGAGGCACCUCAGGGGGCCGCUCUAAGAGGCUGCAGACAAGAGGUGGCAGAGAGGCAACAGGGCACCCACAAGCGACGCCCGAGAGUAGCUCUGCAGACUCAGCUCGAAUUGAGAAUGACGGAGAGCGGCAAGGAGUUCCUGGCGAUGAAGAGUUACACCCGAUUCGGCAGCUCCAAGAAAGCGUCUUAAGCCUCCCCGAACAAAAUCGGACCACCAAAGAACGCCUCAUGAGGGAGCAGCUGCGCCUACUGGCCAUCCGUUGGAAGUGCCUCCUGCUCAGCGGAUGGAAUAUCCUUGUCGCCGGCUGCGGCAGCAAGGGCCGCCUCAUGCGCAACUUUAGCCGCAUGAUGCUCACCGACGGGUUUUGCUGCAUUCUCAACGUGUACCAACGCGAGUUUAAGCUGCAUCAGGCGCUGCUAGCCACGUGUCAAGUUGUGCGCUACCACCUACGGACGCACAACAAGUACAGCGCCGCUGCUGCUGCCACCAUCCCAGACACCCAAGCAGCAGCUAUUGGUGGAGCGAGUGCUUCGUGCGAGCGCCUCGUAAAGGAGCUGAAGGCCUUGCUGAAACAGAGCGCACACCCCCUCUACUUGGUAGUUCUUGGCCUCGACAGCUCGACCCUCACGGAUUCCAGGCGCCACCUUGCAGCCCUCGCCGCUUGCGAUGAGGUUCGCCUUAUCUGCACCGCUGACCACAUCCAGCACGCGCUGCUCCUCGAUGCUGCAGAGCUACGCGACUUUCGCUUCGUAUUCGAGACGGCACACACGCGGCGAGACUACCGCCGAAGGCACGGGAGUGGCAUGGGCGGCAGCAGCGUGAACUUUGAGGUGGUGUUGCGUGGCCUGACAACCAAUCACAAACGCCUUCUUCGUGGCAUUGCAGAGCUCCAGCUUGCACAGAUUGAACGAAACGAGUCCCCUAUCGUCAGCCUCGCAGAUUUGGGGACAGAGACAAGCGGCGUCUCCCUCUUUCCAAGCAGACUCAAGCUUAAGGAGCUUCUUGUCGAGGUUACAAGUCACGGAGCCGCUGUACACGCUAAGAAGAAUGGCCAGGAAGCAGUUGCGAUUCGUGCGAACAAGGUGCAACUGCAGGAGCUCCUUGAGCUUCUGGACAAAGCUGGGCUCUGA